AUGGAGGAGGUGGAGUCACGUUUCCUGCACCUCCUGCAGCCCAUCAGGGACCUCACCAAGAACUGGGAGGUGGAUGUGGCUGCCCAGCUUGGGGAGUACCUGGAGGAGCUGGAGGAUAUCUGCAUCUCCUUUGACAAUGGCAAAACCACCAUGAACUUCGUGGAGGCUGCUCUGGUGAUCCAGGGAUCUGCUUCCAUCUACAGCAAGAAGGUGGAACAUCUCUACCAGCUGGUCUACCAAGUCCUUGACUUAAUCUGCAACAAAACGAGGCAGAAGCAGGUCUGCUCCGUGGGCCCUGAUGGCAAGGACGCCGAUAUCACCUUUGGGACUGAGCAGGAGGAGGAGUUCCUGUCCUUGGAUGACAUUGGGGACAGCAGCCAGGCCAGUGUGGACCUGAGGAGGGACCGUCAGCCUAGCACAGUGGAGUUGAUGCCUCUGACCCCCAUGUGCCUGGUGCCACCGGAUGACGCCGAGAAGAGGAACAACCCCCUGCUGAGCUGUAAGGGGGAGCUGCUGGCCAGCCGCAGGGAUUUCCGGAUGAACACCUGCACCCCCCACGCCUCCGGGGCCUUCCUGCUGGAGCCCUGCAGCCCCUCCCCAGCCUGCAGGCUGCAAGCAAGGUUGACAACUGGUGGCCCUGGGGAUGUGAGGGAGCAACUGGGAGCUGCUGUCCAGGCUCUGGCCUUCUCUGGGGAGGCAGAUCCUGAUGAUGAGGACAUCAGAGAUGACAUUGGCCCUGAGGAUGAUGCCAUGGAGGUGCCUCCAGCUGUCACCCAGCAUGUGGAGGCACAGAAGAGCCUGCCCCAGCCCAAGGGCUAUGCCCUGCGGGUGCCAGCCCCUGCCCAGGACCCCAAGACCCACCUCAAGGAGAAGCUGGACCCUUGGCAGAGCCUGGAUCCCUUUGCUGACUCUGAGGACAAGCCCUUCAAGAAAGGGAGGCCUUUCCUUGUGCCACCCGGCCUGAAGGACGUGGUUGGGGAUAAGAGGAAGAAGAAAGGACCAAGGAAGCUCCAGGACUUCAUGAAGUGGUUCUCUGCAACCUACUAUGACAGCAGUGACAGCAGAAGAACCAAGAGGAAAGGUCUAACCUUUGCAGACCUGGAGGUGUUCUACUGGAAGGAGCAGAAGGAGCGGUUGGCAGCGUGGAAGAAGCUGCAGCACCCACUGGAGCCGCUGUGGCCACCAGAGAAUGAGCUGGAGGUGGCUGAGGAGGAGCUGCAGGUGCCUGAGGAGGAGCGUGGGGUCGACUGCGAGGGGGGCAAUGGUGACUUCAUGGAGCAUGAGGAGCUCCCACUUGACCUGGAAGAGGUGGCAGAAGGAGACCUGACCCCGGCCUGUGACGUGAGCUACGAGGAGCUGGUGCGCAGGAAUGUGGAGCUCUUCAUCACCAGCUCCCAGAAGUACCUGCAGGAGACGGAGCUGUCCCAGAACAUGCGGAGCUGGGAGGACAGGAUCGGGCCCCUGCUGCAGGAACAGGAGGAGCGAGACCCCUUCGACAUCUACAGCUGUGGUGUGGUACUGGCAGACAGGUGCCAGCCCCUUGGGCAGUGGCACUCCUUUGCCAGCCUGGUCCAUGGCCUGCCCCCCUUCAAGGUCAGCAGGUACCUGCUGGCUGCUCUGCAGCUGGCCAACGACUCGGUGGUGGAGCUGGCUCAGGAGGCAGGGCUGGAGGAGGCUGUGGACACACUGCGGCUGAGGCUGCUGACUGCCCCCCAGGAGCCCCUCCAGCGCUUCCAGGGCCUCCAGUUGGCCCCAGACUGCCCCACAUCCCUCUCUACUGCCCCCCGUCCCGAAUAA